AUGACGAGCAAAAAACCUAAGAUUUUUUCCAGUGUAGAAGCUAUCGAUUCUGCACUCAAUGUCCUCACUGACUACGUAGAGAACGUAGAACUCAAUCAAUUAGGUACCUCAAUUACACUUAACGAUUUAAUAAAUAACCUAGAGACUGCUCAAUCUAUUAUUAAUAGAAUUAAACAGAUCAUAAAUACCCCUGACGAAGCUUCCACACUUGACCCUCUCGAUCUUAACACAGCUCUCAAUAGAGCCACCGAACUCGAAAAUAAGUUAGAAACUUUGAUUGAGGUAUUUGAGCAGCGAUGGGUAGAUGAAGAGCUUCAGGCCAGCGAGAAUGAGGCAAAGGCAUUGCAAGGGAAAGAGGAAAUGUCUGACAUCCAGAAAAUGUUUGCAGCAUUUCUUCGGUCUCAGACUGAAACCAACAAAAGGGUCAGUGAUGCCCUUCUCAGUGAAAGAAAAUCCCCUGAAAGUCCAGACAUUCUUUCCAAAUUAACAGAUCUUAUUGAGACUCUCUCCAAGAAUCAAUUUUCUCAAUAUCAAUCUACCAAACUGGAACCUGUCCAAAUUCCAACCUUCUCAGGCGAUUUCGCUGCCUGGCCAAACUUUAAAAAUCUCUUUAACAGUCUCGUCCACAACAAUCCCAAAUUAAGUAAGGUACAAAAAAUGCAUUACCUUCUCUCCUACACUUCCGGUGAUGCAAAAAGUAUGAUUGAGAAUAUGGACAUAUCCGAUGAAAAUUAUGAUGCAGCUUGCCAAGCACUCACUGACAGGUUCGAUGAUUCCUCCAGCAUAGUGAAUGCCCUUAUGAAACGUCUCAUUUCCCUUCCUCCAAUCACUAUCGAAUCAGCCAAAAGAUUGAGCGAACUCCAUGCCACCACAAAUUCCGUUUUGCGAUCCCUCAAAUCUCUCUCUCUCACUGGGGGCGACCACUGGGUAAUAUACAUUGUCAAGGAGAAAUUAGAUCCAGAAUCCAAUAAAUUGUGGUCUCGUGAAACCAAAGGAAAAAUUCCUACCUUCCAGGAAUUUAAUACCUUCCUUAUUGAUCGCAUCCGGGAGCUUCAGAGUUUUUCUCAAUCCUCCACCAAGCCCAAGUCAUCCACCGGCAAGCCAUCUACCUCCCAACCUACCAAGACUUCCGUCUUAGUCAAUGCUACCUCGUCCUCGAAUUGUCCUUGUUGCAACAACAGCCACAAACUCUUCCAGUGCCUCAGGUUCAAGGCACUUUCCCCACUCGAUCGCCUCAGCUUGGUGAGAAAGCACCGAAUGUGCCGAAACUGCAUCUCAGACACUCACUACACUAAAGAUUGCAAGGCUAGAGGUUGUGCCAGUUGCAAUUCCAAACAUAAUUCCCUGUUGCAUGAUUCCUUUAAUGUUGUUCAAACAACAACAAAAACAAACACUACCCAACAAACGAAGUCCACCGACACUUCCGCAGAAAACCCAACAACCAAUACAUCUGCACAGGAAAUGCCGACAAAUUCUGACGACAAAGUCACCACCAAAUCCCCUGGUCUGUCGACCUUCAAUACCAACACCAAAUAUAAUGCAACCACCCUCGCUUCUCUCACCACCCCUCGCGAGGACCACCCUCGAGUCUUCUUAGGCACUGUUGUGGUGAAAAUUCUUGACACCAAUGGCGUCGAACAUCUCUGCCGCGCUGUGGUGGACAAUUGUUCACAAUCCAACCUCAUCACCACUUCUCUUGUCCAGAGACUCAACCUAUCCAAAUACAAUUUUCAAUUCAACAUUGGGGGAGUAUUGGAUAGGCGCUCAACAGGCAAACACAAAACUCAUGUCCAUAUCGCACCUCACAUGGGAGGAAACUUCUAUAACAUGACCUGCAAUAUUGUCCCUAAAGUCACAGGAAAUCUUCCUAAUUGGAAUGUAAAUUCACAACAAUUUCCAAUACCAUCACAUCUCGCCCUAGCUGAUCCCAAUUGGCAUGUCCAACAACCCGUUGACUUAUUGAUUGGAGGAGGAAUCUUCGCUCGUAUCGAACGAGAUGAAUCCUAUUUCCUAGGUCCCAAUCUACCCAAACUCAAGGGUUCAGAAUUCGGAUGGAUUCUCAUGGGAGAACACACUCCUAACCAAGGUUCUAGCCCCGAUGAUUCCAUCUGUAAUCUCACUACUUUAUCCUCCAUUGAUUCCACUCUAAAAAGGUUUUGGGAAAUCGAAACCAUCCCAAACGUCGUUCCACCAACCAAGGAACAGGAGGAAGCCGAACAUCUGUUUUCUCGUACCACGACCCGAAACCAAGAUGGCCGAUUCGUUGUCCACUUGCCUUUCAAGGCUAAUGUCCAACGCCUCGCAGACAACAAAACCAAUGCCAUUGGUCAAUUUGUCCGUCUGGAGAGGAAAUUAUCCAAAAAUCCUGCCCUGAAAGAGCAAUAUGCAUCAGUCUUCAAAGAAUAUCUAGACUUAGACUUCUUGGAAAAGGUCCCACCGGAAGAACUCGAUAGACCCUCCUACUAUCUCCCUCACCAUGGAGUGGUCAAAGAGUCCUCAUCCUCAACCAAACUUCGCGUGGUUUACAACGCGAGCUCUAAAUCUUCGUCAGGCCUUAGCCUAAAUGACACUCUGAUGGUUGGACCGGUAGUACAACCGGAUCUUGUCUCCAUCCUUCUUCGUUUCCGAUUGGGUGCUGUCGCUCUCUCAUGCGACGUUACCAAGAUGUACCCUCAAUUCCUACUCCAUCCUCCUCACCGCGAUUACCAAAGAAUAAUUUGGAGAUCCGAACCCGACGAUGAAUUGCAGCAUUUUCGAUUGAAAGGUGUCUGUUUCGGAGUCGCCUCCUCGCCUUUCUUGGCGACUCGUUGUCUUAACCAAUUAGCCAUUGAAUGUUCCGAUACUUACCCUUUGGCUUCUAAAACCCUCUUGGAAUGUUUCUAUGUGGAUGAUUGCCUUUCAUCCUUUCCUUCACCACUAGAAGCUAAGAAAACCCAAGAGGAACUUAUCGCCAUCACUCAAGAAGCUGGACUUACAUUAGCUAAGUGGAAGUCCAAUAUCCCAAAUAUCUUGCCCGAUUCUUGUCAACUACAAGGCUCUAACGAAAGAGUUUCCCUACCCGAAUUAAAGACAAGAGCUUUGGGAAUGCAAUGGGAUGUGGGGGGAGAUACCUUUAAAUACGACUUCACUCAUCAAAUGCCAAAAAUAAAUACCAAACGCACUACAUUCUCAGGUAUAGCUUCUUUAUUUGACCCACUCGGCCUCAUAGGUCCAGUCAUAAUUGUAGGAAAACGUAUCCUUCAAGACCUCUGGAGGAUCGAAGUGGAAUGGGAUGAACCACUCCCUCAAAGAUUGUCAGAUCUAAUCUCAGACUUUUUCACGGAUCUUACAUUCAUCUCAUCUCUUUCCAUACCAAGAUGGAUCUCUACCUUUCCAAACCCUUCCCAGACUAAGCUCCAUUUAUUCACAGAUAGUAGCUCGUAUGCGUACGGAUCCGCUAUCUAUUAUGUAACCCAAGAUGAGCAAGGUAACCGAUGUUCGAGAUUACUCACGUCCAAAUCUCGUAUUGCUCCUUUACACGCCCUAACAAUUCCUCGUCUCGAAUUAUGUGGAGCGGUAUUAGGCGCUCGCCUCCUUCACAAGGUUUUAUCAGCCAUUUCUGUCAAUUCGUGUCACUGCUGGACCGACUCUCUGAUAGUCCUCCAUCAAAUAAAUGCCACUACGGAAAAAUACGAUGUCUUUGUGUCUCAUAGAAUCUCAGAAAUCCAGCAGAUCACAGAUAAGACUUCUUGGCGACAUGUCCCUGGACACUUAAACCCAGCGGACGUUUUGUCAAGGGGUGCCCAUCCACAACGAUUGAUGACUCUUGACCUCUGGUGGUCAGGACCGCCAUUCAUUGCCAAUACUCAGACUCAAUGGCCUCCAGCCUUCAUAGACAUUAAUCCUGACCAAACUGACCAAGAAACUACCUACUGCACCGUCACUGCCUCACAGCCAGUUCCUACUAAUUCCUUUCUGGCCCGCUCUCUCGAAGAAUCCUCAGACUUUAUUGAAUUGACCCGAUUGAUUGCAAUUUCGCGCCGCUUUCUCACUCCCUCCCGAGAUAUUCCUCGUAUCACUGGUCCUCUCACUCCCAAUGAACUCCUCCAAGCACAAACGAUUGUGCUCAAGUGGGAUCAAGAGCAGAAUUUGGGUGAUGUACAUGGGGCGAUAAGAAACGGGAGCAUCUCAAGAAGCUCGAAAUUUGCACACAUCCGUCAACUCACACCAUUUAUCGACGUCACUGGACUCAUACGUGUUGGAGGCAGACUCCAGCACUCUAGUGAGCCUUAUUCAGCACGCUUUCCCAUCCUUUUGAACAAGGGCCAAGUGGCAUACAGUAUUGCCAGAUCCGAACACUUCCGUCUUCAUCACGCAGGGCCUCAAUUAUUGCUCGCCUCCUUACGGCAAAAUUAUUGGAUGUUGUCCGGAAGAAGAAUCUGUCGCAAAGUUGUCAAAGAUUGCAUUAGAUGCUGCAGAGUCAAACCACCUCUCCAAACUCAACUCAUGGGAGACUUACCAGAGCAACGUGUGUCCAAGCCAAUUCCAUUCCUGGCCACGGGCAUCGAUUUUGCGGGGCCUGUUCUCAUUAGACACGGUCAACGUAGAAGUCAAACUCUGGUCAAGGCAUACGUAUGCGUCUUCGUGUGUCUGUCCACACGGGCAGUACACUGUGAGGUAGUCUCAGAUCUCACUACCGAUGCCUUUAUAGCCUGCCUCAGACGAUUUAUCUCACGGAGAUCUUGUCCUUCCGACAUUUACUCCGAUAAUGCUACUAAUUUUGUCGGAGCGGACAAGGAAAUCCAACGCCUACUCACUCAUGACGAUUCCCGAAAUGAACUCAUUGCUGCCACUGCUUCCUUCCGCAUGAAAUGGCACUUCCAGCCACCAAAAUCUCCACACCAUGGUGGCCUGUGGGAAGCAGCAAUUAAGUCCAUGAAACAUCAUUUUCGUCGAGUUGUUGGGAAUGAAAAACUCACAUUUGAGGAGCUCUGCACAGUCACCGCUCAGAUUGAGGCUAUUCUCAAUAGCCGACCGAUCACCCAGAUGUCUGAAGAUCCGUCGGAUCCAGAAGCCCUCACGCCUGGGCACUUCCUCGUCGGGCGUCCACUCACGGAAUUGCCUUCUCCGGAUCUCACACAACUUCCAGACAAUCGAUUGGAUGCAUGGCAAAGAUGCCAGCAACUCACUCAACACUUCUCCAAACGAUGGAAGCUGGAAUAUCUGACAGCACUCCAGAGAAGAACUAAAUGGUUCACAGAACUUCCAAACAUCACUCCCGGUGACAUUGUCGUUGUUUACGAGGACAACGCGCCAUCUAUGAGGUGGCCCCUGGGACGCAUCGUCGCGACACAUCCAGGACACGAUGGACGAGUUCGUGUAGUGACGAUCCGAACCGCCAAUUCCAUCUUCAAACGAUCAGUCACCAAAAUCUCCAAACUACCGGUGGAAGGAUUACCACCUUCGGAGUCAAUUGAACCCCAAGGAGCUCAAUUGCGGGGGGAGGAUGAUCGCGCCAGCUCUUAA